GGUUCAGUGUGUACACGCUAAUAAACUCAUAAAACUUUCUACCUGCGCGCGUACUUUCAAACGCAUUAAAAAGGGAUUACGCGUUUUUCAUCGGAAAAUCCGGGAAUUUUAUUGCCCUCUUUUAGAUGACAGCUGCAUCGCAAAUUUUCUGCAAAUUUCCGCAUAAUUUUUGAUGGUUUACAAAAUUUGCGUGGACAUCAACUGGAUAUAAAAGGCAGUAUAAUCUAUCUGGAAUAUCAGUAGCAAGUCAACAGUAGUCUACAGCACUAACGUUCUCUCAUCUCAAAAGUUCUCAAUUUGUAUACAAAAGCACUUUGAAAAUCAUGGACAACACUGAAGCCAUCCAAAUCAUGCAGCGUUUGAAGAGCUUGAAGAUCGUUGAAACUCCUCGUCAGCAACAGCGGGAAAGUGGCCUUCGGGAAUGUCAAUCGGAGAUUGUAAGAAAAACGCAGGUGCCUGCUACUCCCUGCAUGAGUGCAUCCUCAUUUCAAUCGGAGCUGAAAAAACGCCGCAAAAUGAAAUUGAAUCGUGUCUAUAACUAUGAGUCCGAUAUGCAUUUCAUUAAGGCACGAAAGUCUCUCAAUUUUUAAAAUAUUUGAAACUACCCCUGUA